AUGCCGCCCCGACGAGAGAAAGACACCCGAACGCAGUCUCCAACCGAAUACCUAGAAAGUCUCGUGCCGUCCGAGGAGGCGGUUACGAUUGCGGAGCUUUCGGGAAGCUUGGUGCAAGUGACCGAGAACGACGAUCCGAGGCUGUUUGAUUAUGUGCAGGCUGAGGGGGUUUUAUACCCCAUCCUCAAAUUCCCCUACGCCUUCUCAGACCCCAGCGACGUCCAAUUCCCCAUCGCGCGGUUAGCAAAAGCGCCACCACCCUCAGCCCUCGAAGACCAGCUGGACACAUUAUUGAACUCGGUGUUGACGUGGUGGGAGGACCGCAAGGAGCCUAUUGCGCGGUACUCAGAGAAGACACAUCAGGUUGUUGAGUGGGUUUUGAAUCGGGUUGCUAGUAUGCAGCAGCCGUCGAGGAAACUACAGUACUACACGCGCCUGCAAGCCGAUCUCGCGACCCGGCCCAUAAGAACGCUGGCGUGGCAUGCGAGUCGGCAAGUGAUAGCUGUGGCCCAUAAGCAGAACAGCGUGCAUAUUUACGAUAUCGUGUCGGAAAAAUGGUUUCCAUCCCUCCCGUCGGGUUUACGCCACGAGUUCCAGACAGAUAUCACCGCCUUAGAGUGGAGUCCACAGACCGGCACGCUGCUCGCCGUCGCAUCACGCCACGGCAUCACCCUCUGGCGCCUCAUCUUCGACCCCACACCUAACACCUCCACCACCCCAGCAACAUUCCUCCACGCCUCCACUCCCACCUUCGCCUGGCUCACCUUCCUCCGCUACCCGGGGUUCGACAACCUCACCUGUCUCGCAUGGUCGCCGGAUGGGCAGUACAUUGUUGCGGGCUCGGCGACAUCUAGUGCGGUAGUUGUGUGGGAUGUGGCGAUGGAAGAAGCGACGGUUGUCGGGGGCGCGAAUGGGGGGACGACAGGGGUAUGGUGGAGUCCGAAUGGGGAGUAUUUGGUUCAGGCUUGCACGAACAUGAUGCGGAUCUGGGAAACACGAACCUGGAAAGAUGAAGUCGUCAAUACCAACGGGCGGAGACCACAUUCAGUAAUAUGGCACCCCGACUCCCGCCUCUACUUCUUUGCCCUCGCCCGCGGCCGCAAGAUCUUUUCCCAGCAGAUCAACUCCCCGCCGCCUUCACUGGAUAUCAAGGCCGUUGAAGAGACCAAAAUGCCUCUGUUUGAGACCUCGACGGGGUUCAGGGUCGGCGGAUAUAUAAAACAAAUGGCGGCCGACCCAACAUGUAAACGGCUCGCAGUUACGUUUGAAGGCACGCAUAACGGGGCGGAAUUGGUGGCGCUGUUUAGGGUCGGGAGGGGCCCGUUACCUGUUUUGGAUAUCAUUGGGUUUAUAAGAGGUCCACAAUGGCACCCUGACGCCCCACGACCACUCCCACCUCGAUCCCCUUUCGCUAAUGAAUCUCAAAUGGACACGGAUGAUGACCAACAACAACAACAACAAGAAGACAAUGAAGAAGGUGAUGGUGCACCCCCGCUACCGACAACCAUCGUAUUCGCGCCCAUGUUCAAACGGGGCGCGCUGUUGACGUGUGUUUGGGAGGAUGGGAGUGUCGGGUUUACGCCGUUGUAUUUUCGGUAGAACAUAACUUAAAAGACAU